AUGCAAAGGAACAUUCUCGUCUUAUUAGGUCUUACCCUAGGACUUUUGAACUCCAUUUCUGGAAGAUACACUACAGGUGAUUGCCCUCCCGUUGAUAGAAUCUCAGAGCUUGAUAUUCAAAGAUACUUUGGAAAGUGGUAUGAGCAAUAUAGAGGAGGUCUCUUCCAGCCAGAAGGUCAAAUUUGUACCACUGCUAAUUAUUCUCAAAGAGAAGACGGAACUAUCAAGGUCAUUAAUAGAGGCAUUAACCCAAAUGGUAAAAUUGGAGGAGCCGAGGGAACUCUUACAUGCAAGAACUCAUCAAAUUGCGAAGUCAAGUUCUUCUGGUACGCUCCAGCAGGACCUUACUGGGUUCUAGAUACAGACUAUGAAAAUUACACUGUCGUAUAUACUUGUUCAUCAUACGUUGGCAUUCUUAGAUUAGACAACAUUUGGAUUCUAGCCAGAACUCCAGAAAUUCAAGUAGACGUCCAAAAGAUAUUCUCAUUCAUUGAGGAGAGAGUACCAGACUACCCACUCACAGAAUUAAAGAAAACUAAUCAAACUAAUUGCGCCUAUGAAUGA